AUGACUCUCACUUUGAGCAAUUUAAUAGNUACGUUCACCUACAAGGUAACUUGCGCCGUGCUGCGAGGACGUAAGGCUCACAUCGGCCCAGCAGACCAGGAGCUGGCCCUAGCUACACCAGGAGCUAUAGCCGCCUUCACCGCGCGCUGGCGCCGCACCUACAAGUGCCUGCUUCUGCUAAGUUACCUGGUACGCAACGGCUCCGAGCGCGUGGUGACGUCAGCGCGGGAACAUAUCUACGACCUGCGCUCGCUGGAGAACUAUACAUACGUCGACGACAUCGGCAAGGAUCAGGGUAUAAACGUGAGGCACAAAGUGCGAGAGCUCAUCGACUUCAUACAGGACGAUGAGAAACUUCGCGAGGAAAGGAAAAAGGCGAAGAAAAACAAAGACAAAUAUAUUGGCAUGUCUUCGGAAGCGGCCGUGAUGGGAACCCGCGGCUCGGGCGGCUGGGGCGAGUACAGCGACCGCUCGGGGUCCAACUGGGAUGAGCCCAAAGAAAGGCGAGAGGAUGAAGACGACUACGAGAGAGAAGACUCAGACGGCGAGUACGGGCACAGGAAACCUAACAAAGAGAACGUAUACCGCGACGCAGAAGUAGUAUCAACCAGUCCGGCGCGGCGCUCGCCCGACGCGGCGCGUUCCCUCAACAUCAGCCUCAAGAGUCCCGCCAAGGCCAAGCCCGCCACGCCUGUCAAGAAGAUCGACCUGGGUGCAGCAGCGACAUACGGCAAGACCGCUCCGACGCCGGCACCAACUCCCGCCACCAACAACUCGCAGGAACUAAUCGACGACCUGUUCAAGACUUGUGCGCCUACGCCGAGCAGUGGCAGCGCGUCACUAGUGCUGGAAGACGACUUUGAUCCGAGUGUCAAGACUGCACCAACUCCCUCCACCAACAACUCGCAGGAACUAAUCGACGACCUGUUCAAGACUUGUGCGCCUACGCCGAGCAGUGGCAGCGCGUCGCUAGUGCUGGAAGACGACUUUGAUCCGAGGCCUACUGUUCAAGACUUGUGCGCCUACGCCGAGCAGUGGGAGCGCGUCGCUACGGCGUCGAACCUGGACCUCCUGAGCGAUCUGUCCACGCCACCGCUAGCGCCAACGCUCAGUCCUUUAGAAGCGGCGCCUGCGCAGCUUGCCGCCGCGCUGCCGCCCGCGCCCGGAAGCGACGCCAACAGGCCCGCUAUACGGGAGAGCGCUCGCCGAGCCAUCCGAGCCGCCAUUGACAGUUUGCAAACGAUUGACAGAAUCACUACCGACGCCGAGGCGACGAAAAUCAGAGAAAACCUGCGAACGCUGAAGUUUUUCCUCCCCGGACCAAUCACGGUGCAAAAAUUGUGCAGAUUGGACGACAAUAUCUUGACCGGAGAAGUUUUGGAUUCGUACUCGCAACUACUAGGCCUCAUCAUCAAGGUCAUGUUGCCGCAGUGGCCGCAUUAUAAAGAAGACGUCACCCCGCUGUUCCUUCUAGAAGAAAGCUUCUUCCUCAGCCACGAAGUCCUGACGGUUCUGUGCGGGUUCCUCAAGCACGAAACUGAUGUUACCGUGCUAAGAGCCUUAUCUUACAUCCUUCUGAAAUACGUCAGGAGUGACGCAGUUCUGACGGCGGUUUUAGACUGCAGCUGCGUAGAAAUGCAGGAUAAAAUCGAGAAUUAUAAGCACAGGAUGGAUUGGGAGAAUUUCGUGCAACUUCUCACGUCGCUGCCCGAAAGGGUCGCCAAUAGAUUACAGACUGAAACUCCGAAAGAGUUCUCCCACGAGGAUUACUGCUACAAGUUGAUAUUCCACGUGAUCAGAGGCGUGGAUUAUAUGAGCGAGAGCUGUUUCCACCAAGAAGUCAUGUACGACAUAUCAUACUUGGCUCAUUUCUUAUCGAAAGUCAUAAUAAACUACAAUAUGACGGACGUUAUUUUGAAAUUCGUCGAUAUUCUAAUCGGUUGGAGCGCCAACGACCAGUCUUUGAGCAAGUUCGUUCGACGAAGACUUACACAGACGCUGUUCAACCACUUGAAUCGACAGGCCAUAGACUCGAUAGCUCUCAUCCUGCUCAAGCGCUGUCCUAUAGACUAUAAAACCGACGAGCAGGCCAUCUUCCAUCUGCUCGGUGAUAAUAUCGACUCGAGCAAAGACUGGAACGACAUCCUAACCUACCGGAUACCGUUCUACUACAAGCCUACCGACUACAAAGACACCACUGUCGUCGAGAAUCUCAUCUACUACUUAUCGACCACAAAAAAUAAUCCAGCGGACACUUUAGCUGGCUUUGUUCUUAAAUUGGCCAGCGUGUGGUCAGAUGUGAAGCUAUGCAACGUGUCAAACAUUCCUCAACAUAUGCAUAUCUCCCAGCUGAUGCUGUUAGCAGUAAAAUACCGCAGCAUGAUCUCAAAUAGAGACAACGUCGAGUGGGAUCUGGUAGAAACUAAGAGCAUACUCUUCAAAGGCGUCUCAAGGCAUCUCAGGGUCUUGCUAAACGAGUUUCGAUGCAUCGGCAUGACAACUGUCGAGACCAUAUUCAAGAUACUUUCGACUCACGAUGAUUCGGAAAGAGAGGCGGCUGCUAACUUGAACUUUGAUUUAAGUUGCAUGGGGGAUACCUGCGUCGAUAUACAAAGGAUCCUUCGAGGAAUCAUUUACAAAUGCCUGAUUGACCCUGAAAGAAGAAUCCCGCGGUUGCAUAAAGUAAAACCGAUCAACCUCCAAGGAUUGCUAGACCUAGUCGCAACAAGGGUGGUCGAUGGCGACAACUGGCCAGCCGAGAAUACACUUCUCACAGUAUGCACCACCAAAACCAAAGCGGAAAUGGAGCGGAUAUGCAAAACGUGUAUUUAUUACAAAUUGGACGAUUACGCGCUCUCGAAAAGCACCAUCAGCGAGAUUGAAAAGUCGGAACAACUAGAUUCCGAUGACGAUUUGCAACCGUAUGACAUGAGCAAUGACGUGGCAGUCGCUACUCGGAAACGGGCAAACUAUUUGAGAGACCUUUUAGAGGUGCUCGUAGACCCCCCAGAUGCAGAAACUUUCGAAGCCAGCCUCGAUGUAGCUGAAGAAUUGGUCCUCAAGCAGCUAAAGACAGAAGACAGGAAACUGGUCGAGGAUCUCCUCAAUCUAUUCGUGCACAUAGAAGAAAAGUUCCACGUCGAGAACUUUGACAGCAUCAAGUUUAACACAGUUGUGGCUAUAGUGUACAUCCAGCCGAAAGUUGCCGCCGCGCACUUGUGUAAAGAAAUACACACGGAUGUUGGGCGCUAUUCCAUAGCGACAAAGAUAUUUAUGUUGGAUGCAUUAGCGGAGGCUGCGAGUCGAAUCGCCGGCGUCAAUGCGGCCUCGCAACCGGCCGGGCAGGCCAUAGACGAUGACGAAGACGAACCGGAAAUCAUCACGCGGGAAAACGACCUACCCGCCGCCGAAAUCAUCCGCCGGCGUUUAGUCAACAAGACUAGAUAUUUCCACACGAUCCGACCGCACCCGUUCUCGAGAGCAAAGCGGAAUCAGUUCGCUGCAGUCUCAGAUUUCUUCUUCUACCCCUCGUUUCGGGCUUCGGAUGCAAGCAGCUUAAUGGCAGUGAUUUCCCUGCUAGCGUCGGUGGUUUUAGUGUUGCCGCCUCUGAUAAUGAAGACGGAAUUCUUGAAUAUAAUGCUUGAAUUCCGCUCGUGGUUAGGCGACUGCCUGACUAACAUAGAUCUGACCAUGAGGUUCGGCGGCUCCAAGUCCGAAUCAGCCAUAUUCGCCGGACAAGUCCUCUAUAUGAUGGAGAAAGCUAUGUCCGAGGAGUAUACAAGUCUUACACCAGCCUCAAAUCGUGUGUCAUAUCGACGGUAUUUUUUCCAAUUUUAUCGAUAUCGAUCGGCAAAUAUCGACCUACUCGAGUCGGCGUAUGUAUACCCUACCACUUUCACCGGCUCAGUCUCACAGUCGCUAUCAACAGGCGCGGCGCGCGCUCGCCUUCCGCCCACGUGGGCCGAGACCAGUGCCAUCAACCUCGACGUCGACAACCUGCUGGCCCCCCGGGCCCCCAAACCGGCCCCCCCGCCCACCAUCAACCAGUUAAAGUCCUCCCCAAACAGCCCCGCUAAACCAACCACCUUCAUGAACAACAACCUCGCCGGAAUCAACAACAACAGACCGAUGUUCAACGACUCCCUGCUGCAAUGAUAUUGGAACGCGAGUGCGGGCACAGACGAGUGGUUCGAGUUAGGUUAUAAACAGUGGAACGUUGUCCGCGUCAAUUUGCAACUGGUGNAGCUGGUGGAGCUACCGUCGGUGAUGAAGGAAACGAUAGGUUAGGCUGUUUCAAAUUCGCUUUUUUGGUGCGUAUACGCUCGUCUUCAGGUGAGUAUAGACUAGAGCAGUGUUUUUCAACCUUUUUGGUGAUACGACCCACCAGUAUGAAAAAAUAUUUUGCGACCCCCCGAUUUGCGAUUGAUGCCUCCGACUGCAUAUAUCUGAUAAUUUUUAUGCAAGUAGGUUUUUUUACUGAGGUAGAUUUUUACGACCUCUCGCGACCCCCCUAUAGAGCCUUGAAAAACACGACCCACAGGUUGAAAAACGCUGCACUAGAGUAAGGCUGCUCAACGUUUUGAAGACUCAUAGACGGUCAAAUGGUGGAUUCAGUCGUUAACGACGGGCCACUUGCAUUUCCUAUUUCAGUUACUCUCAGGGCAAGCGCAAUAAAAACUCAAAAUAAAAAAAUAACUUAUUAAGAUCAAACCAUACUUGCGCCCUCGCAAGUAUGGUUUGAUCACUUAAAAUUCUUGAGCCUUGAGCCUGGGGUUGAGCAGCUUUGGACUUGAGCAUUUCUGUGUAAUGUAACGUUCUUACGAAUGAUACAGUACAGGUAAAAUGUACGACGGUGAACACUAGAACAUUUCAUAGAACGGCUCUUUGUUCUGUUACAAGUAAAUGCUCUAGUCUAUGCUCACCUUUUGUAUACGUGGGAGGAGCAUAUGACACUUGAAAAAACAAGUUUAUUGAAACGUACCAAGUGUGCCGAAAAAGAAUCUGAUACAGCCUUUUAUCGUUAGGAAUUUCGAAGUGUUUAAAUCUGUAAGACGAACUACUUGCUUGGCCCACCGCACAAGUGUAGACGUAAUUGAAAGUGUUUAAUUUUUAUUUAGUUUUAACUAAUUGUCGCCCUAAAAUGUGACGGUUCAUGUACCUACGAAUGCAAUCGCUGUAUGGGUGGACGUUUUAUAGAUUUUGAUAUUAACCCAAAUAAAUUGGACGUUGCGCGACUUACGGUUGUAAAGAUUAGUGUUAGUGGUGCAUAUCAAGGUAAAUUAUCACAUGAUAUUAUUGUUGUUGGUUCAUAGUAUGUAUGUAUAGCCGUUACUACCGCCAAGAGCGGUAUUUCAAAUAUUUCAACGCUCAAAUACCUAACUAAAGUAGUUUCCUUGUGGCAAAAACCUGUAUGAUUUUGGCGCCUAUUUUAUUUAGUGACAUUAUUUCCUCUUCUAUUUUUUUGUAUGUAUUUACUCAUAUUUCAAAGAAUUACAUUCCCUUUUUAUCUCUUUCGUACUAAAACCGGGGUAGAUGAAAUAUUUUAUAAGACUUCUCGACAGCAAACAGUAUCUCUCGCUCUAAUACUAUAUCAAAGAGGGAGACGGGUGCCAAGCUGUCCUAUUUUUUCUUCACUAAUAUUCUUUCUCAAUUGUUUUUUAUUUCUUGUGUAAAUAUUUUCCAUUGAAACGCCAGUUAAUUCCUGUUGCCAUUUUAUACCACGAUUUUUUAGAUUUCAAUUAUGGUUUUAUUAUUUUUUAUACAAAAGAAGAAUUUAUGACAAAAACAAUUUUAAACAUUAUAACUAUGUUAUUGUAUCAUUGAGUACGCAGUUUAGGGAAUUAAAUGUUAAGACUGGUGAGAACAGUUGUCACCACCAUCGUUAGUAGUAAAAAAACUAUUGGCAUUACAUACCAAAUCAGCUCAUUCUCUCUCGCUCAUUAUUAAGAGAAAGAGGGAGAUGUGUGAUAACCUGCAUAGUUCCCACCUUAUUUACCUGCGAAUAAAAAUGGUGCAACCACAAAUGGCGUAUUUGUUCUGACACGCUCAAGACUAAGCGAUAUAGCGCCAUCUAUUGAUGACAUGAUGAUAAAAACUGGCCUUAGGCUGUAGGAAAUAAAACCUAUUUUGCAUUGUCAAUUUGACUUAUGGUUGCGUACUAUGCUGCUCGAAUAAAAACAGUUGUAGCAAAGAAAUGAGGUGCCUUUUACGUUGUCAACUCAUGCGCAUGUCUGAACUAAUACGCCAUCUGUGUGUGCCCCCGACAAUACUGCCGUUCGUUGUCAAACCGUAGCACCGUCUAGUACCUACAUAGUUGUUGAAUAAUUCAUGUAGAUAGACUAUUUUUUAUACCCGCUUCUAUAAUAUAAUCGUGACGAGUUAUUUGAAAUUAUUCACACUAUUGAGAGAUUGUAAAUGGUUAUACCUAAUAUUUAUUUAUAUUGCAUGAUUUAGGUAGAUUUUCUUUGUUCUUGCUCAAAAUGAGAUUAAAAACUUUGAUGAACUAUGAGAAUUCCUACGUUUUAGCUACUUAUUUUAUCAAUUUUAAGAUUGAUAGGGAAAACUGUCUAGUUUCUUCCCGAGCUGAAGGAUUUUAUGUCCAAUAGAACUAUUUCAAAAUAGGUCCGUGCUUAAAGGAAGCAAAAAAGUGUAAGACAAUACAAUCAAUUGUCACGAGUGAGAGAGAGGUGCCUAUAUUCCCGGUAACAUUCCCAUAAUAAUCCAAUUGACUGGGAAUAUUGGGGAAGAUUGCCGGUUCUAAAAAUGGCACAUCACUACUUACGAGCAACCGACUGUAGUCCUAGGAUACGCGCCACCAUAAACUUAUCACGGCAUUAUAUCGACAAGCCUCUACGUUUGUCGUCUAAAACCAUCGAUAAGUUUUUAUCAUGACGCACAUCAUAGGCCAGCCGGUGUCUAAAUGUAGUCAUAGCAAAGACGCUAUUUAAUUAUAUUAAUGAGGGUAAAUAACUGAUUAACUAAAUGUGGGCGUGUCCCAAACAUGGACUUCUAUCUAUUAAUAAGGUGUCUAAUUUAAAAUAACUCUUAUCCUAAGUAGUAGUGUCAAAAAUGAAAAUACAUAGUACUGUACGUUGUUUACUCUAAGUGUUAUGUAGAAAAUGGCGGACUGUAUAUAUAAAAGAAUGGGACGUGAGGGAAUUUUGUAUACUGGUAGGUAAAUUGAAUAUUCUUGUGUACUUAAAGUAUCGAACUUAUGUACAUUUUAUGUUAAUGUUUAUACAGUCGAUGGAUUUGGAAAUUUGUGAAUGUAAACAAAAUUAUGAAUGUCAAUGACGAGUGGAAAUGUCAUUAACUUGAAUAAAACAUGUUUGCAAAUUUGUAAACACUUAAUAUUAUGCAAAUUUCUAAAUAAAGCGACGUUUAGAUGGAAAAUUGAUGUAAACGUGAAUAAGAACGGUGUAAACUCGACAAUAUUAAAUCAAUAUAGUUUGUGGCUCAGUAUUUAUAAAACUUUAUUAUAAAUAAACGUUGUUUUCUUGCGUCCUUCUAGCAUUUUGAAGUAUUAUUUUUCUUGUUUACUAAUUUAUAUUAAAAAAAAUCUGUUACCUACUAUACCAAUCUCUAGAGACAGGAACAUAAUAAUUUGUCAUCUCUACGGAGUGCAUUAUUUUAUCUUUAUUGCAUGUGCUAAUUAAAAUACUACAGAAUUUUAAGCAUCACUUACACUCGCCUAUAGAUGGCGCCACAACGUUCGAAACACAUGUGUAAGAAUUUGUAUGUACUGUUAAAAUCAUACACAAAACGUACUGUUGCUGGUUAAACUUAUUCUUAUAACGUAUCAAUAAUAUCACCUAUAAAAAUCUACGUGUAUUGGUAAUUAACGUCUGGAAUUCAUACGACUCCUUUGUAAUGUAAUAUGUAGCUUUAUAAUCAUUCCUUUUCAAUAUAAUAUCACAAAACUGAUGUCUAAAUAUGCAUUUAAGUCAUUCCCGUCAAUAGAAAUAUAAUUAUGUAUACUUAUGUUGUGUAUACGGCAGCUAUGUUUAGAACCAAUUUGUUACGUUGUAAACAGCAAAUAAACUAACGCCCGUGUUCACAAACGCUACUAUUGUUGGUUUCACAGUGCCUGUGGACGCACAGGGUAACAUACGUGCAUACGAACUAAUCACAGAGCUCUAUUCAACGCUGUGCGUUCGAUUGUCCGCUUCACUUAGGCAAGCAUCGUUUUUAAAUACGGGCGUAAGUAACCCAUACGUUACAUUGCUGAGAUUGUAACGGUAACAGUUGCUGAUAUUGUAACAAAUUGAGUUAUUAUUUAGUUACAUUAAUAUUAAUUUAUAUUGUAAAUAAUAAUUUCGAUGGAAUGUAACGGGUGCGUAAGAAAUAUCAAAAAUAGUAAGUAGAUUGGGACCAAGCUCAGAGAUGUCAAAAUAUUUUUCCGGCUCACGGGGGGAAGGAAGCUUCGUACGCGUUACAUUUCAUUCAUGUUUUAGAGUGCUUUAUAUCAUUUUGGUGCCCGAUUCAAUGACUCGUAGGAAAUACAUCUAGGUUUCAUUUACUACUUAAGUAGAUUUUUAAUGCGUUUAUUUCAAUGUCAAUUAAAACACUUUUAAAUCAUACAUUUUAAACAUUAAAGGGGGCUAACGUGUUCUCGGGUCGGUCUGUCUCUUUUGCUCAUGCUAGAUUCCAGCACUGAGUGAGAGAGAUAGCUAGAUUGGCACUAGAAAAUGACCUCCCGCUGUUUGCAAUUUACAGUAAACUUAAUUUNUUUAAUUUUUUAAAGUAAUUAGAUUAUUGUUUUAAUUACUUACCCUGAUUUAGUAAGACUAUUGGGUCGUGUAAAUAUGUAUUUAGUUUUCGUAGUUCUUCCAUUACUUUGAUUCGGAGAUUUAAAAGCAAUAAUAAUUUAAAUUUAUUUCUAGUUGAUUAUGAAGAUUAUUUUAUUUAGUUUUUUCAUUCAAAUGUAUAUUCAGUGUUAGGUCAUGAGUCGAUUGUAUUCGCACAAUACCUAGAUUUUAAUUUGUGUUGAAGCAAUGUAAUCAUUUUCUGUGUACUUUCCACUUAAGAGUAUGAAAUAUGAAAUUCGAAAUUGUAAGAAAUGAUUUUCUAGGUGUAAGUUUUCGGAACAAGGUAUCGGAUCAAGAAUGAUGAUUGUUUACGUCAAGGACACGAUGAAUAAACUUAAUAAAUACUGAA